AUGUCUCAUGAUAACAUUGAUAAAAUUUUAUCUUACAAAAAGAAAGGUCAGCGUGCUAGAGUCGAUGGCGAAGGUGUAGCGACCACAAGUGAUCAAUGUUAUAUAAAUGAAAUUCCUAUAGAAUUAUUUACUCACAUUGUUUCUCUACUUGCUCCGAAAGAACUAAGCAAAGCGGCUCAAGUAUGUAAACAUUGGCGAUGGAUCAUCACUGAUGAUUCAUGCUGGAAGAAUGCAUUCAUUCAAUUUUUCGGAUGUCUCCCAUUUAGACGAUUAGCAAGUGAUAGUUGGAAGAAUGAAUAUAUUAUUCGUACAAAAUUACUAAGAAAGUGGGAAAAGGGACGAGGAUUAGCCCUAAGUUUUGAUCCAAGAGUUGGUGUAAUUCAUAAUCUUUAUGUUGAGUCCGUUAAUUCUUGGAUGUUAGCUGGUUCUUUAGAAAAAGGCAUGGUUUCAAGAUCUGAUCCUAAGACCGGAAAAAUUAGCAAGGACAUUAUAUUUUCGACACAGGAGCAAGUUAGUCAUAGCAUUUCUGCUAUGUUAAUAGAUAGGCAUAGGAUCCUAUGGGGCUAUAGGUCAGGCGCAGUUGGACUUACUACCUUGAAUAAACAUGGUUUAAAUCGAUUUUUCAAACAAUUUCUCGAUUUCCAUGCAGGACCCGUUUCAAGUCUUGCUUGGUCAAAUCAACUCACGAAUAUUGUUGCGAGUGGUGGUGAAGAUGGUUUAGUUAACCUCUGGGAUGUUAAUUCUGGAAGAUGCAUUGAAAGUCUUCAUACAAAUGAAACUCAUGGUAUUGAAAAAAAGAUCACUACUUUGGCGUGGAAUGUGAAUAAAUAUAUAAUAGCAGGAACAGCAAAUGGCGCAGUUCAUAUUUGGUCAAUGGAUUCCACAACGAUAUCUUCAUCCGAGAAUUCUCCACGUGACAAAAAUAUACCGCACGAUAAAAUUGUUGGUACAAGUAAAGUGAUUUCAUUGCAUUAUAUUGAAUCGUCAAAUGCCUUGAUCGUAGCAUAUGAAGGAUCCUCAGAAAUAAAGCAAUUUGAUUUGAAGACAUUGAAGUGUAUUUGUGUGUUCAAGGAUGGGCAUCUUGGUAAUGUGACAUGUACUGUCAUUGAUAUUCAGGAAAAUAAGAGUAAUUCAAAUGAAGGUGGGAUCAAAUCAUUAAAUAUUCUAGCAAGUGGGGAUACGAUGGGUAUCGUUUGUUUAUGGAAAAUUGAUGGUGAUAAUGAUGGAAUUCAGAAACCUUGUAGUUUGGAUGGAUCUGUAAUCGCAUUUAAUCCAUUGACUUCGAAUGAGAUUUGUACAUUGUAUCAGAGACCUCGAAGAAUGAAUAGGAACCAACCAAGGGUGGCUGUUACUUGUAUUUAUUCAAAAGAAUACCAAACUGUAGUGACCAUUGGAAGCCAGAUCAAGACUUGGGAUUUUGAACCUGGCAUUGUUAAAGGAAAUAAAGCUAAAACCUCAAGGAAAAAAAACACUUCCGUUUCAACACCUAAAUAUAUGAAAUUACAGAAUGAUGUAAGAGAAUCGACACAAAUAUUUGAGUUAGAAAAGCAAGAACGUGAAGAACAUCUUGCAAAAAUGCUAGAAUAUGCACCAAUUCCUGGAUUAACUAAUGAAGAAAUGUUAGCAUAUGCUUUAAUGAUUUCUAAUGAAGAACAUCAAACUGAAGAUGAUCUAAUUGCUGAAGCUUUAAGAAGAUCCUUGGAAAUUCAAGAGCACGAGAUGAUACCUUAA